AUGUCUGGCCGCGAAGCUGGUAAGAAGAAGCCCCUUAAGGCCCCCAAGAAGAAGGAGAUGGACCUCGAUGAAGAUGACAUUGCCUUCCGCAACAAGCAGCGCGAGGAGCAGAAGAAGAUCGCUGACCUCAAGGCCAAGGCCAGUGGCAAGGGUCCCCUCACCUCCGGUGGUAUCAAGAAGUCCGGAAAAUAA